UCGUGCGCGUCUCGUGAAGCCGCUAGCUGUUAGCUAACGCUAGCAGAUGCUGCUGCAUAGACAUCAAUAGUGCUCCAGGCGGCCCCCCCGAGCUGUGACAUGUCCUCGGUGGUGUUCUCCUCGGUGGUGCGGGUGGAGGACGGCCUCCCUCUGUCGGCCUCCACCGACUACGAGCAGGACCCCGAGCUGCAGGCGGCCAGGCGGUGCCUGAAGGGCCUCUCCAAGAAGAUGGGCCAGUUCCCCGACCGCUGCACCCUGAGGACCGGGCCGUACCACGUCAACUUCACCUGUGCCCUGGGCGUGGCCUACCUGAUGGUGUGCACCUCCAGCUACCCCCCCGUUCUGGCCUUCUGCUUCCUGGAGGAGCUGCAGAAGGAGUUCAUCGUCUCCUACGACGCCAGGAGGGUCCGCAGCGCCGUGCGGCCGUACUGCUUCAUCCAGUUCGACACCUUCAUCCAGAAGACCAAGCAGCGCUACAACAGUCCUCGGUCUCUCUCCACCCGGAUCAAUCUGGCCGACAUGCAGACGGAGAUCCGCCUCCGCCCUCCGUACCAGCUGAGCCCCGAAGACCUGCAGGCGGUGAACGGGGCAGCGGCGCCCACGGCCUGCAAGUACAAGGCCCCGUCCCAGGUGCUGUCCCCCGUGUCUCUCUCCGGCGUCGUGUCCUGUGUGCUCAGUCUUCUGUGUGGAGGCCUCAACCUGCUGAGAGGAGUCCACGCCAUCGAGAGCAUCCUGCAGAACGACGAUGAAGACUUUAAUUACGUCAUCGCCUUCUUCCUCGGCACGGCGGCCUGCCUGUACCAGGUGAGAUGGCCACUUCCUGUUCUCAUUGUAGGACUCUAGCACCGUGUCGUUCCUCCU